AUGGUGUUGCAGACCAUCCAGGCGGUGGAAACCAACCUGGCAUCAAAGGAUAGUCACUGGGUCUAUGUGAACGAGGUGUCCAACCUCUAUCUCUACGACAGCGUGCUCAUGUUGGCCAAUGCCUUCCACAGAAAGCUCGAGGACAGGAAGUGGCACAGCAUGGCGAGCUUGAAUUGCAUGAGAAAAUCCACCAAGCCUUGGAAUGGGGGCCGGUCCAUGCUGGAGACAAUCAAGAAGGGUCAUAUCACCGGACUCACAGGUGUUAUGGAGUUCAGAGAAAAUGGCGCCAACCCCUACGUCCAGUUUGAAAUACUUGGAACCAGCUACAGUGAAACAUUUGGCAAGGAUGUGCGGAGGUUGGCAACGUGGGAUUCUGAGAAGGGACUGAACGGCAGCCUGCAGGAACGACGCCUGGGCAGCGACUUACAAGGACUAACACUGAAAGUGGUGACUGUCUUGGAAGAACCUUUCGUCAUGGUGGCGGAAAAUAUCCUCGGUCAACCCAAACGCUACAAAGGCUUUUCCAUUGACGUCCUGGAUGCACUUUCAAAGAAUUUGGGUUUCAAGUAUGAGAUCUACCAAUCACCAGAUGGCAAGUAUGGACAGCAGCUCCACAACAGCUCGUGGAAUGGCAUGAUUGGAGAACUUAUUAACAAGAGAGCUGAUUUGGCAAUCUCUGCUAUCACCAUAACGCCAGAGCGGGAGAGCGUUGUGGACUUCAGCAAGCGCUACAUGGAUUAUUCUGUGGGAAUCCUGAUCAAGAAGCCGGAAGAGAAGAUCAACAUCUUUUCCCUCUUCGCCCCCUUCGAUUUUGCUGUGUGGGCGUGCAUAGCUGCCGCUAUCCCGGUCGUCAGCGUCUUGAUCUUCGUGCUGAACCGAAUCCAAGCAGCAAGAGCCCAGAAUUCUUCUCAGUCGGGGGCCUCCCCUUCCUCAACUCUCCACAGUGCCAUUUGGAUAGUAUAUGGGGCCUUUGUUCAACAAGGGGGCGAAUCUACAGCCAAUUCCAUGGCGAUGCGCAUAGUGAUGGGAAGUUGGUGGCUCUUCACCCUUAUUGUAUGCUCAUCCUACACCGCUAACCUGGCAGCCUUUCUCACAGUCAACAGGAUGGACAAUCCAAUAAGAACAUUUCAGGAUCUUUCCAAACAAAUGGACAUAUCUUAUGGCACUGUCAAAGAUUCUGCAGUGUAUGAAUACCUUAAAGCCAAGGGGACAAAUCCUUUAGAACAAGACAGCACCUUUGCGGAACUGUGGAAGACCAUCAGUAAGAAUAAUGGAGCCGAUAACUGUGUGGCAAACCCUUCUGAAGGCAUCCGGAAGGCCAAGAAAGGCAACUAUGCGUUCUUGUGGGAUGUUGCAGUCGUGGAAUAUGCAGCAUUGACGGAUGACGAUUGCUCUGUGACAGUCAUGGGAAACAGCAUCAGCAGCAAAGGAUAUGGGAUAGCCCUCCAGCACGGCAGUCCAUAUCGGGACCUCUUCUCCCAAAGGAUUUUAGAACUUCAAGAAGCUGGCUACUUGGAUGUCUUCAAAGAAAAAUGGUGGCCGCGGAUGGGACGCUGUGAUUUGAACAGCCACGCCAAUGCACAGACGGACGGGAAGGCCCUGAAACUGCACAGCUUUGCUGGGGUCUUCUGCAUCUUGGCCAUCGGCUUGCUGCUGGCCUGUUUGGUCGCAGCCCUGGAGUUGUGGUGGAGCAGCAACCGUUGUCACCAAGAGACGCCGAAAGAGAUACAGCCUCGGCAGCAGCAGCACUGCAAACAUACCCACAUUGCCCCACCAUUGUGCCUCAACCUUGCCAUGGAGAGACCAUCUUUAGGGGACAAAGAAGUGAAUCUGGAACAGGUCCACAGGCGUAUGAACAGUUUAAUCGACGAAGACUUGGCUCACAAGCAGCUUUCCCCCGCGUCCAUUGAAAUCUCAGCCUUGGAAAUUGGCGGCAUGCAGCCGGGCCAGACCCUAGAGGCGAUGCGCGAGUACCAGAACACACAACUGUCUGUCACCUCAUUUUUACCAGAACAGGCCACUCACGGGGCCAGCAGGACACUCACGGGUGCCUCGGGCAGCAACCUCCCACUGCCGCUGAGCAGCUCUGCCACCAUGCCCUCUAUACAGUGUAAACACAGAUCGCCGAACGGAGGACUAUUUCGUCAGAGCCCUGUGAAAACACCCAUCCCCAUGUCCUUUCAGUCCGUGCCGGGGGGAGUCAUCCCAGAAGUCAUGGAACCAUCCCACGGGACAUCCAUAUAAGGAGAACAACCAGCAAAGAUUUUUAAUACAAUUGAGAGAGAAAAAAAAACUCUUACCUUUCUCUUGUACAUAUCUGUAAAUAAUGGAAGAAUGAAGUGGGGUUAAAAAAAAAGUGUAUUUUGAAUAUUCCCAAUUUUCAAAGUCAGUAAACAAACAGACUGACAAAAAAUACAAAAAAGAUAAAAAAAUGUAUGAAUGACUUUGUAAAUUUUGUUCUCGAUGAAUAAAAAAGGCAAAUUACUUGUGACCCUUUUCAAAUGCCAAAGAAGACCUGUUACUGGGACUGAAGCCAGUAAAAGUUGACUCUGGUUUUU